CAUAACUUCCCCCCGCACACGCGCAUGUAACCGAGCCAAAGUCGUUAUGUCAUCCUCCCCAAGCUAGCGGUUUUACGGUUCACGCCAACAAACCCUCCCCCCUCCCUUUUCUCCAUCCUCAACCGUUAUUCGAUCUCCUCCCUCCGAUCAAUAUAUAUAACACACAAACCCAUUAUUAUUCCCCCAAAAAUUCACCACCAUCUCCAUUUUAAUUUUCUCCUUCGCCGCCGAUGGCCUCCUCCUUCACCGGCAACGCCGCCACCUCGUCGUCGUCGCUGGACCGGGUCAAGGGGUCGUGGAGCCCGCAGGAGGACGCCACCCUGGUCAAGCUGGUCCAGCAGCACGGCCCAAGGAACUGGUCCAUGAUCAGCACCGGGAUCCCCGGCCGGUCGGGGAAAUCGUGCCGGCUGCGGUGGUGCAACCAGCUGUCGCCGGAGGUGCAGCACCGGCCGUUCACUCCGUCGGAGGACGCCGUCAUCGUCCGGGCCCACGCCGUCCACGGGAACAAGUGGGCCACCAUCGCCCGCCUCCUCCCCGGGCGGACCGACAACGCGAUCAAGAACCACUGGAACUCCACGCUCCGCCGUAAGCGCGUGGCGGGGACCGGGGAGGAGCUCGCCUCGUCGUCCGCGUCCGAGUCGAACUCGGUGAUGAAGCGGCCGUGUCUGCAGGACGCGUUGGCCGAGUCGGAGGGCGAGUCCGGGGUUAAUAAGAAGAUCUGCUUGCGUCACGAUGACGUCAAUAAUAAUAAUGAUAUUAUUUAUAAUAUUGAUAAUAAUAAUAAUAAUGAUGAUAAAAGUAAUGAGAAUGGUAAGAUGGGUGAGGGCGGUGGAGGGGAGAUUAUUACGGGCGGACCGGAAACUUCGCUGACGCUGUCGCCGCCGGGGGAGGGGGUAGUUAAUGCGGCGGGAGAGAAGGAGGAAGAGGCCGCGGCGGCGGUGGGAGGGGACGACGGAGGGAGGCGGCGGGUGAAGAAGGUGGAGGAGGAGGGGAAGUGGUUGAAGACGGCGGAGGUGGGGGAGAGUUGUUUGUUGGGAAUCAUGCAAAGGAUGAUAGCGGAGGAAGUUAGGAGUUAUGUGGACAGAUUAAGAGCGCAUGAUGGUGGGCUUGUUAUUGGGCCUGAAACUAAGCCCGUGGGUCCUAAGGAUGUGUAAGGUCUGAGUUUGUAGAAAGCGGAAACAGCAUGGCACAUUGUUUUAUCGGUUUUUGGUUGGACUUUUAUCUAUUCUUUUUAUUUUUUACCACGAAUUUUUUUUAUAGCUUAUUUUCAUUACGAUUUUCCCACUCGAGUGUGACAUUAGCGGCGAGAUUUAAGUUAAUAUCUUUUAUGGUAAUUACUAAUCACAAAAAUGAACUAUAAAAGAACAGUUGAAUUAAAUACAUAUCAAUCUUAGACGUCAAACUUAUCUAAGAUGGAAGAACAUAUAAUAAAAAUGAUAACAACUUAAAUUUCAAUGUCUCAUUCAAAAUGAAUAUCGGUUUUCUAGAAGUUAUGUAAAGUAAUCAGUACCAACGUUUAAUGCCACAUUCCCUUCCUAUUGGGAUGAACCAUUCCCGCCCGGCCCUUGACAUCCCAUCUUGCUUAUGUAUAGAGUUUUUUCGGCAAGAGAAUAUGGAACGAUAACUUUUGAGCGUAAUAAAUUUGAUGACAGAUU